AUGUCAAGUGUACAAGAACAAGAGUUACCAGAACCAGACCAUUACAAGGAUGUUAUGAGUGUUGAUGAUGAAGAUGAUGAUGUUGAGAUGCUAGAUUCUGUGAAUGAGGAUCCAACUGUUGGUUGUGCACCUGCGCAAGUUGCACGUGGAAAGAAAAAUAGACUUAGAUCCGAAGUUUGGGAAUUUUUUAAACUCGUUAAGUAUAAGGAUGGUACAACGAAGGGGGUGUGCAAGGCUUGUAAUGUAGGAUAUAAAUAUGAAAUCCAAAGAGGUGGAACCUCAGCCAUGAAAAGGCAUAAGUGCAUUAAACGUCAGUCUAUGGACGUAGGGCAGAUGAUAUUAGCUUCACAAAAUAGCCAGCUGUCUACCCGUGUACGCAAGGUUGAUCAAAUGAAAUUACGGGAUUUGUUCUCAGCUUUACUCAUUGCAAGAAAUGUUCCAUUUUCUUUGGUGGAGUGGAAAGAGUUUAGGGAUAUAUGUGCUUAUUUAAAUGAUGACUUUAAACCAAUAUCAAGGAAUACUGGGAAAGCCGAUGUGGUAAAGAAACAUAAAGCACAAAAAGAAGUUAUUCUCAACAGAUUGAAACUUUCUCCAGGUAGGAUAUGUCUAACAUCAGACAUGUGGACUUCUGUAACAACUACUGGAUAUAUAAGCUUAAUUGCGCACUAUCUUGAUAAAGAUUGGGUAUUGCAAAAGAAGCUUCUGAAUUUCUCUCCCCUUUCACCACCUCAUACAGCUCUUAUUGUAAAAGAAGGACUUACGAAGAUUGAUCCAGCCGUGCUUAAGAUUCGAGCGUCAGUGAAGUCCCUUAAAAAGUCCCAAGUAAGAAAACAAAAGUUCUUGGACAUUGUUGAAAUUUUAGGAAUGUCUGGUCUGAAAAAAGGUAUUCGGCAAGACGUAAAGACAAGGUGGAAUUCAACCUAUCUUAUGUUAGACAGUUGUAUCUUGUAUAAGCCAGUUUUCUCUCAUUUGAAGUUGGUGGAUUCAGACUAUGAAGACUGUCCAACUAAUGAAGAAUGGGAACAAAUUGAAGUAGUCACAAAGUUUCUCAAGGUGUUUCAUGAACUCACAAAGGUUUUUUCUGGUAGUAAGUAUCCUACUUCCAAUCUGUAUUUUGAAAGAAUUUGUCAAGUUCAGGUGUUACUAAAUAAAGAGAGCAGAAGUAAUAUUGAAUUCAUUAGGAACAUGGUAAAAGAGAUGCAAGCAAAAUUUGAUAGUUACUGGAAGGAGUUGAGUCCUGUAUUGGCUAUGGCAGUUGUGUUAGAUCCUAGAUCGAAAAUGAAUUUUGUGAAAUUUACUAACUCCAAGUUGUAUCCUGAUGAGAGAGAAUUAGAAUGUCAAGUUAAUAAAGUGCAUAGUAAUAUAAAAGAACUUUUUAAUGAGUAUUACACCUUGUCAAGUUCAAGAGCUUCCAACAGUUGUGCAGCUCAGAAUUUGAGUGUUCAAAAUGGUGGGAAUUUUGCUGCCCAAGAAGGGAGUGAUUUUUUUCAGGUAAUUUCAACUUUUAUAUUCAGUUUGAUUCAUUGGAGUUCUUCAUGA